CACUCAACCACAUCAUCCAAGCUCCAGUUCAGUGAACCGGGCGCUACCAGCUCGAAAACUAGACCGAUGGAGCCCCCUUCCAGCCGCCUGCUCCUCCUCCUCCUCGCCGCCCUUCUUCUCCUCCUCCUCACCCGCUCCACCAUCCACCUCUUCUCCCCUGCCUCCGCCGGCAACCGCCGCGUCGAUCUCCUCGAUUGCACCCGUUUCUCCUUUUGGUGCUCCGCCAAACACCGUCCCUCUUCCUCCAGCACAUCGCCGUCCUCCGAUUCGCGCGGCCGAGGCCACUCGAACGCCGUUCCCAUCCACCCGCUCGACCCGCUGACCGUCCGGGAGAUGAACUUGGCGCGAUCCCUCCUGCUCGCGCAGCCUCCAUUCUCCAACGCCCCCUCCGCCGUCGCCUUUCACUCUCUCUCCCUCGCCGAGCCCGACAAGUCCGCCAUCGAGGCCUGGUCCAACGGCGGCCCCUUCCCCUCCCGCCGCGCCGCGGCGGUCGCGCGCUUCGAGGGCAAACCCUACGCUUUCGAAUUCGAUCUCGAUUCCGGCGCCGUAACCGCUCUCCCGGUCCCGGCCUCCGGCUAUCCCACGAUGAACAUCGACGACAUGAUCUCCUCCACCGUGGCGCCGCUAGGUGACGCGGCCUUCAACCGGACCGUCGUCGCUCGCGGAGUCCAGCUCGCUGACCUCGCCUGCCUCCCGCUGUCGCUGGGGUGGUACGGAUCGGCAGAGGAAGGGAGGCGGCUUGUGAAGGUGCAGUGCUACACGGCGGAGGGCACGGCCAACUUCUACAUGCGACCGAUCGAGGGGCUGACGGUACUGGUGGACAUAGACACGAAGGAGGUGGUCGAGAUUUCCGAUCGGGGACGGGAUAUUCCGAUCCCCAAGGCAGAAGGGACCGAUUACCGUUACGGGUCGGUGGACGGCGGCGGCAGCGGCGGAGGAGGGGGAUUGCCUCUGAGGCCGAUCUCGAUCGAGCAGCCGGCAGGGCGAGGGUUCGAGGUGGAAGGCGGUGAUGGGGGUCACGUGGUGCGUUGGGCCGGAUGGGAGAUGCACGUGCGAGCGGACGCCCGGGCCGGAGUGGUCAUCUCGCAGGCGAAGGUGCGAGACCCGGAGACCGGGGAGUGGCGCGGGGUUUUGCACCGCGGCUUCGUGUCCGAGCUGUUCGUGCCGUACAUGGACCCCACCGAGGCCUGGUACUUCAAAACCUACAUGGACGCCGGCGAGUACGGCUUCGGGUUGCAGGCCAUGUCUCUGGUGCCGCUUAACGACUGCCCGCGUAACGCCUACUACAUGGACGGCGUCUUCGCCGCCGCCGACGGCCGGCCCUUCGUCCGCGAGAACAUGGUUUGCAUCUACGAGAGCUACGCCGGCGACAUCGCCUGGCGCCACUCCGAGAGCCCCAUCACUGGCUUGCCGAUCCGAGAGGCGAGGCCAAAAGUGACGCUCGUGAUCAGGAUGGCAGCAUCGGUGGCCAAUUACGACUAUAUCAUCGACUGGAUUUUCCAGACGGACGGACUGAUACGUGCUCAGGUUGGGCUCAGCGGCAUUCUAAUGGUGCGAGGAACCCAGUACUCUCACCUGAACCAGUUCCCCGCCGACGAUGACUCCUACGGGACCAUUCUCUCAGAGAACGUCGUCGGCGUCAUCCACGACCAUUUCAUCACCUUCCACCUCGAUCUCGACAUCGACGGCACCAACAACUCCUUCGUCCGGGUCGACCUCGAACGCCAAGACACCGGCCGCAAGGAGUCUCCGCGAACCAGCUACCUCAAGGCCACUCGCCGCGUCGCCCGGACGGAGAAGGAAGCGCAGAUCAAACUCAGUCUCUACCAGCCAGCCGAGUUCCACGUCAUCAACCCCUCGCGGACCACCAGGGUCGGCAACCCCGUCGGGUACAAGGUUGUUCCGGCCGGCACAGCCGCCAGCUUGCUUGACCCUGACGAUCCCCCGCAACGCAGAGGCGCAUUCACCAACAAUCAGAUUUGGGUUACACAAUUCAACAAGACAGAAGAAUGGGCUGGAGGACUAUUUGUGUACCAGAGCAAGGGAGAUGACACACUGGCCGAAUGGUCGGAGAGAGAUCGGCCGAUUGAGAACAGGGACAUAGUUUUGUGGUACACGAUGGGAUUCCACCAUAUUCCGUGCCAAGAAGACUUCCCGGUCAUGCCAACCGUGUCGGCGAGCUUCGACCUCAAGCCGGUGAACUUCUUUGAGCGCAACCCGAUUCUCAGUGCGCCACCCCACUUUGCCAAGGACCUCCCCGUUUGCACUGCUGCAGAACAAGAGUAGACUGAAAUCCGAGCAGCCUUCUCUCCUGUGAAAAAAAUAAGACACGGUCAAGCCGUUCAGCUUUGUUGGGAUGGUGAUUCAGAAUUGCCAUGAAUUGUGUUAUCGCCAUUGGGAGAUCCAUGUGGACCUACCCGUUACGAGUCUUGUGGCGUCCAAAGUUGGGCCGCAUUGUGAAUUAUUUAGUUUGACUUAUCCCAAAUAUUGGUUAAGGAGUGACUCAAACCUAAGGAGUUUGGAAGGUUUUAUUUUA